AUGCUUCUCAAUGCUCCUUUAGCGUUUGUGUCCCUCAAAGGAUACUACAUGCUCAUAACUACUGCAUUCAACCUGAAUAUCUCAUCGGCAGCCAGACUUGUAGGCUUCCCUCCUGCAGGUCAAGUCAUAUGUGUAAGCUUCUGGUACCACAUAUUUGGCAACAGCAUUGGUUCAUUGAAGUUUAUUACAAAGCAUUCUGGUGACGUAGAGACAAUUGUAUGGAUGAGAACUGGCACCCAGGGAAACAAAUGGAGAUUUGCAGAUCUUACCUUCCACAUUAAAGAACCAAUACAGUUUAUUAUAGAAGCUUUGGUGGGCGGUACACAAGGCAGCAUAGCAAUUGAUAAUAUAAUGGUGUCCAGCAGUGAGGCUGGCUCUUGUCCGGCUGAGAGAGAGUGCACCUUCCAGGGCUCCCUCUGUGGUCUGCUGCCCCAACCAUCUGCAAACUUCACCUGGAGCCGGAUCACAGGGACGUCCCAACCAGCCAACUCUUCAGGCCCAGCCACAGAUCACACUCUGGGGACAGAGCAAGGUUAUUACCUCAGUGCCCAGUUGUGGAGUCACCCUGUUGGGUCCAGAGUUGCAGUAAUGACUGCAGUGAUGGAGCCUACCGCUCCUGAAGGGGAAUGCCUGAUGUUCUGGUACUACAUGGAGGGAAGUGGAGUGGGGGAACUCUCUGUUUACCUUCAAACCCCUGACGACAACAACAGUGGCCAGCUGUGGAUUAGGAGUGGAGAUCAGGGGAAGCACUGGAGGCACGGAAGAGUGACGCUUCUCAAUCCCAGUACACAGUAUCAGGUGAUUUUUGAGGCGGUAGUUGGACCUGGACCAAGGAGGGAUAUCGCCAUCGACGACCUCACUCUCUUGAAUGAUGCCUGUCCCCUGUCAGGUUUUUGUGACUUUGAAAUGGACUUCUGUGGUUGGGUGAAUAAUCCUCCAGCAGAGUCUGGAGUGGACUGGGACUGGCUUUCGGGUGACAGUCAAGGUCAACUUAUUCCAAAAAGGGACCACUCCACAAAUUCUGCUUUGGGCCACUUUGCAUUUUUCACACCCUCAAAUUCUAAAAAAGAAGAAAUUGCCCAACUGGUGAGUGAGACAAUGGAGGAAGUAGACCGAGCUUGCCUGGAGAUCUGGCACCAGGCCAAUGGCUGGUUAGCUAAUAAGCCCUCAUUUAUUACACUGACAGUGUUUGUGAAUGAGACUGCUGGACUGCAUCCAGUAUGGAAUACAAAUGGAUUCAUGAAUAACACGUGGAUCCAAGACAGGGUGGAUUACAAUGCAUCAGGGCGUCACCAGAUUAUUUUACAAGCCAAUUAUUCUUCCUCAAUGGACGGAAGCCUUGCCCUGGACGACAUCCACAUAAUCAGGGGCAGGAUUUGUGAUGACAUUAUCCCAACUACCACUCUGAACCCUGCCACCACAACCACCAGUGCUCCUGCCUCCGCAAUAGACUGCACUUUUGAGCAAGGUCUAUGCAGUUGGCUCCAGGAUGUCAGUGGUGAUUUGAACUGGACUCUCAGUAGCGGGCUUCAAAUGGACCAGCCAUGGGAUGGACCUCAGUAUGAUCAUACUGUUGGAAAUAACCAAGGCGUCUAUUUACUGUUAAAUGGAUCUGGAUCUAAGGAUGGGGAGAGAGCAGCCAUCUCAGUUCCUGUUAUCAAUCUUUCAUCACAUAUCUGUAUGGGAUUCUGGUACUUCAUGCUCGGGCCUUCAGUGUCCACCCUUGACCUGAUGGUUAAAACAAAUUCAUCUGAGCUGUUGAUCUGGACACGCAAAGGGACCCAGAAUCCAGAGUGGAUUAACGCACAAGUAACCAUCAACAUGACCAAUACAACACAGGUCAUGUUCACUGGCCAUAGAAACACCAACAGUAAAGGAUUUAUAGCCAUUGAUGACAUAACAGUGAAGGAGGGGGCCUGCAGUGAUCAGAAUGAGUGUGGGUUUGAUUCCAGCUGUUGCGGCUUUGAGAAUGCUCUAGAUCAUAAGGGUCACUGGGGUCGCAAAAGAGGCACAACAUCUCAGGUGGAUCACACUUAUGGAACUGAAAAUGGCUUUUACAUGACUGUAAGGAUAUCUAACUCUACACAAACUGAAGAAGCUCAGCUGCUCACACCUAAAUUCACCUCGGCCACAGAGAUAUGUGUGCGCUUCUGGUACUGGAUACCUGCUGGGUCUUCUAACAUCCUUGCCGUCCAUGUGCUGCGGAGCGUAGAGCUGAGUAAUCCACUUUGGCAACGAUCUGGAGUGCCCUCUUCAGGCUGGGAGGUGUCUGAGGUCACUGUGUCCUCCCCGGCAAACUACUACGUCGUUUUUAAGGCCUUCCAUGUGCCAGGCACCAACUCUACAGUGAGGUUAGAUGAUAUUUCUGUAAGGAAUGGGGCUUGCAGUCCUCCAGGCAGCUGUGACUUUGAGUCCGGGCAGUGCACCUGGGUCAAUAUCCCCAAAGAAGAUGGACAUGACUGGGUGUUGAGCCGUGGAGGCGUCCAGGGUCCACCGACAGACCACACCACUCAGACCCCAGAGGGUUGGUUCUUGGUGAGCUCAUCACUGCACCAAAACCGCAGCAGUGUAGCACAGGUUUUGUCAGAAUGGAUCCAACUGAGAGACACCACCUCCUGUCUUACCUUGUGGUACCAUAUGGACAGCAGUGACUCGGGGACGUUAAAGGUUCACAUGCGUUCAGGGCCAUCGGAGGAGGAGCUGAUGUUCAACAGUAACAGCAGUGGACGCAUAUGGACCAGGUUCUCUAAGUCUGUUGGGAAGCGCAAACCUUUCCAACUGCUGAUUGAAGCAGAGACUAACAACAUAGGAUUUAUUGCCAUUGAUGACAUUAGUGUUACACCAGGCCUUUGUCAAGUAAAUGAAACAAGUUUGGGAUUUGUGGGUUGUUCAUUUGAAAAUGGCACAUGUGGCUGGGAGGACAUCAGCGUUGGUCAGUGUGAGUGGAUGAGAGGAAGGAAUGCUACUGGGAACACUGGACCCUCUGUGGAUCACACGGAGGGCACUGAACUGGGUUGGUACAUCACGGUAAUACCGUACCAAGGAGAGGAAAUGAGCCCUGCUGCCGUGCAGAGUCCCACCAUGACACAGGCCAGCGCCACCUGCACACUGCACUUUUACUACAACAUGUAUGGAGAGGACAUAGAGGAGCUGAAUGUAAUGCUAAAGGAGGGCUCCAGAACCACCUCACUAUGGUGGCUAACUGGUAACCAUGGAGAUGUGUGGCAUCACGGUGAGGUAAUGGUUGGUCGAAUCCCUCAGGACUUCACCAUCCUGUUUGAAGCCUCCAGGAUCUUUAACAGGCCUGGACACAUUGCCGUUGAUGACAUAGAUUUUACCAACUGCACCCUGCCUGAGCCCCAGCCUGUGUGUCCAGAGAAUAUGUUCAUGUGCAACAACAGUGUGUGUGUGGAGCACAACCAAGUGUGUGACUUCAGCGAUGACUGUGGGGACUGGUCUGAUGAGAACAACUGUGAGCAACAAGGUGUUGUGGAGCGCUGCGGCUUUGAACAAGGCCUGUGUUUCUGGGAGCAAAGUGAUGUGGACACACCUGGAGCUGAGUGGAUGCGUCACAAAGGACAAGAAGCCUGGCCCAAACAUGGGCCUCCCAGGGAUCACACCCUAAACUCUGCAGCAGGUCACUAUGUCAUCCCUGGGACUCACCUAACUGCAAAUGGUCAGUCGUCAGAGAUUCUUUCCAAAACUUUGCUACCCAGCUCCCACUGCACUGUUAGGUUUUUCUUCUUCAGCCUGGAUGAUGCUACAGCCAGACUGACAGCCCAGUCCAGGACGCUACAGCCUGGUAGUGACGACACUGUGUUAUGGCUCAGGGAAAACUCACAGAGCUACAGCUGGCAGAGAGCAGAGUUUACAUUCUCCUCCUCACACAAUAGCCAGAUUGUCUUCAGAUAUGAGCGAGGUGAUGGUCAGAGACGGCUGGUUGCACUGGACGACAUCUCUUUCUCCAAGGAGUGUUUAUUUAUUUAUAUACCAACCCACCCCUGUCAGGAUAAUGAGUUUUUCUGUUGGCGGUCAGCUGGAAAAGUGUGUAUUCCGGCUACUUUACAGUGUGAUUAUCAUCCAAACUGCCCACAGGGGGAGGACGAGGAUGACUGUGGCUGGUGCACAUUUGAGAGUAACCAGUGCCAAUGGACUGAUACCAGUGAUGGACAGAGUAGGUGGCAGAGACAGAAAGCCAGUAACAACACUGAGCCGCCAACUGAUCACACUACAGACACAGGCUAUUUUAUGAGAGUGAAAUUCAGUCAGGGGUCUGCACAGAAUGAAGCCAGACUUCAGAGUCCCCCACUCCCCCCUACAUCUCCCUACUGCCAGAUUGUGUUUCACUUCCACAUCAGUGCAGAGAGUGCUGGGUCACUCAGAGUGCUUAUGCAGCAAGCUGAGGGGGGUGAAGCAAUCCUGUGGUCACGCAGUCACAACACUGUCUCCCAUUGGACCCCAGAGCAUCUGCCUCUAGGUCUACAACAGCAGCCUUAUAAGGUUUGGUUCAGUAGCUUGAAUAAAGGGACUCAGACAGACACUACUGCUGUGGAUCACAUUGUUGCUGUGGAUGAUAUCUCUUUUCUAAACUGUGAAAAAGAAUACCAACCACCAGCUCUGUCUGCCUGGGGAUGUUCUUUUGAAGAUGGUCUGUGUGUUUGGGCUCAGGGGGCUGAAGAUGAGUUGGACUGGCUCAGCGGGUCUGGUCCCACAGAGACCCCCAACACCGGGCCUGCAGGAGACCACACUACCGGCAAAGGGAAAUACCUUUACAUCAAGAGUUCUCCACCAAGUGUGAAGGGAAAUAUGGCCCAACUGAAGUCUUUGCUGCUGCCACCUGCUGGUGAAGAAGGAUACUGUUUCACAUUUUGGUACCACAUGUUUGGAGCUACUGCUGGCUCUUUGAGGAUACUUCUACAAACAGCUAAUCCCUUAAAGAAAACAUUGGUGUGGCAAAAAUCGGGAAAUCAAGGGGACGAGUGGCUGCUGGUUCAGAGUCACGUGACCUUGCAGAGAGCCCACCAAGUGAUUCUGGAGGCUACAGUGGGGGGUCAGGCUGGAGACAUAGCCAUCGAUGACUUGUCCCUCAUCAGUGGACCAUGUCCUGCUUCUGGUAUUUGUGACUUUGAGGAGGGGAGCUGUAACUGGCAGCAGCAGACCACCGAUGACUUCGACUGGGUCAGACAGUCGGGCUCUGCCCACAAACCCAACACUGGGCCAGACAGUGACCACACCACCAACACACCCAUGGGCCAUUACUACUACCUUUCCUCCUCUAUUGACGACAGUGCAGGGCAGACAGCUAAAAUGUCUUCACUACUGUAUCCUGCAGGUAAAGGAGCUUGUGUGCAGCUGUGGUACCACAUGUAUGGCAAAGGAAUGGGGACCCUGAAUAUUUACCAGCAGAGUGAAGAAGGGAAGCAAGCUUUGAUUUUCUCUCAGACAGGAGACCAGGGCCGGAUGUGGAGGUCUGCUCAGGCGUCUCUUCUGCCACGUGUUCAGCCUUACAGGAUCGUGGUGGAAGGUGUGAAGGCUGGCCCCACCCAGGAAGGAGACAUGGCCUUUGAUGAUGUACAGCUGACAGAUGCACAGUGUCCUCCUCUUGGACAUUGUGACUUUGAGAGCAGCAUGUGUAGCUGGAGCAACCUAGGAGGAAGAGUCGACCAGGGGGACUGGCUCCGUGGCCAAGGAGCCUCCCCAAACCCCAACACCGGACCCAGUGUUGACCACACCACUAACUCGACACACGGUUACUAUCUGUAUGUGGACAGCUCAGUUGGCGAGUGGGGAGACAUGUCCUUCCUUAUCAGUGAUGUGCUCCAGCCGUCCACUAGAGGCCACUGUUUGGUAUUCUGGUACCACAUGUAUGGCAACCACGUUGGGACUCUCAAAGUUUACAUAAAUGACAGAAAAAUGCAUACCGGUGGCAAUGAAGAAGGGAUUCUGAAGUGGAUUGAUACAGUAAACAAUGGAGACAAGUGGCAAGAAGCCAGGGUGUCUAUUAAACAUCAAGAAGCAUUCUGGUUUGCGUUUGUGUAUCAGAGGGGGAUGAAUACAGGUGGGGAUGUUGCUCUUGAUGAUAUCACCAUCCUCCCUGGCGGCUGCUACUCAGAGCCCCCCAUUGACCCACCUGAUGAUAACAUUGACAUGUUGUCUGUAGGUCUGGCUGUUGGUCUGACUCUGCUGACUGGAAUCAUCAUCUCCAUAUUCCUCUUUUUGCUGAACAGGAAGAAUCAGCCAACAAUUAUGAACAACGACCCAGUUGAAGAGAACUCUGCGUUUGACCUCUUUGAUUGCAAAAUAAAUGGCGUACAACAUGGAACCGAAUCUGACUUUUCCUUCUUCAAUAAGCUGUACAAUCCGUCGCCAAAUGUAACAGACACCACAGUUGGUUCAUCUGAUGCUUAGUCCAGAUAAAUAACUCCAGUGUAACAAACCAUUUACCAAUUUGUAUAUUGUGCCUGUGCUCUUAGAGAUAU